AUGUAUGAGUCUUCUACUUCAAUCGGGUAUAAAAACGGGCAGCUUUAGUUACGGAUCGCAGUUCUACUGAGGAGAGAAACAGCAACAUGAAAGUCAAGAUUAUCAUCCUAGCGCUUUGCGCCGUACAGAUCGCUACAGGUUUCAGCGUCAACGAUAUUCUUGAAAAGGCCCAACAGUUAUUUAAUAAUGUUUUGAACGAAGCCGAAACAACGCUAGGAUCGUUCGAAAACCAGUCCAACGAAAUUUUCAGUAAUCUCCUUGACGAUGCCAAAUCGAAACUCAACGACCUAGUGCCAACCAUUGAAAAUGAAAUUACCAAAGAAUUCUCUGAUGUGGCCAACGCGGCUCCCAAAAUUCAAGCAUGCUUAGAAGCAGAAAAGCAAAACCUUUCUGCCAUCGUCGACGAUGCGUACAAACAGGUUCAAACUCUGACUAUAAAGGAGAGCUUGGUGACUGUACCUUUCGUCGGUAAGGUUAACUCCACAAUCAACGAUACAAAGACAUACCUUAAGGAGGUUACUUCAGCUUUGGAGGCAUGCGCAAAACUAUCUUUCCUGAAAAGCGUUAGUUGCUCUACUAAGGUAAUAUCUAAUUCCGAAGACAAGGCCAAAAGUCUUCUCACAAACGUGCAGAGUGAAAUCGAACAGGGAAAGCAAGUUUUAAACAAAGUUCUUCCAGAUGUAUCUGCUACUAUCACCAAAAUCGUUCAGUCAACUGAAGAAAAGGCAGAAGCCAUCGGCACUGAAAUAGUGCAGUGUGUCCAAACUUCUCUAAAGGCUUAAUUAAAUUCAGGCUGCAGAUCAUUACUGAAUGUCGUCGAUUUUUCUGCCAAGUCUUAAUGUAUAGUCUACAUAGACACAAAUAACAACACUAAUGUUCUGAUAAAUGUUCCAGACUAUUUUUCAGGUAUCAAAACAGCAUAAUUAUGAUAAUAAUGCACGUCUUAUGUUAUUAUAUGAAAAUUUUGUUAAUUGAAGCACAAAUAAAUUAGUUGACAAAAUA